CAUAAUAGAACCACAAAUAAGCAUCUUGACCGAGCCUGAGAAGCCAACAAGUCCGCAUUUAUUCCACCAACAUGCGCAUCACCGCAAGUCUCCUCCUGGUGGUCCUGGUGGUCCAGGUUCUCCUCGGUAAAGCGUGCGGCACCCCAAUGUGCAGCAACCAGUGCUGUCGCUUCGUGGAAAGGUUCCCCGGCAGGCUCAGAAAGCUACGACACGAUUAUUUGCAGAUUAGGGACUUUUACGAAUCAAACAAUGAUCUGGACACUGCGUUGCUGGACCAGAGUGUCGAGGAGUCGUUUCGAACGCCGUUUGCCUGCCACGCCAUGAACAGCAUCCUGGACUUCUACCUGCGGACGGUGCUGCCCACGGCGCUGUCCGGGCUCACGGAGGACAUCAGGGACCUGAAGCCCCCCAUGGAGUCCAUCCAGCAGAUAUUCGAUGAGCUCAAGCGGGAGGUCAAUAAAUGUAGAAAAUACUUUGCCUGCCAGAAUCAAUUUGACAUCAUAAGUCUAAAUACAACGUACAAUCAGCUGGAGAGUAAAGGCGUGUACAAAGCCAUGGGGGAGCUGGAUAUACUCUUUAACUACAUCGAAACAUAUUUGGCAUCGCAACGCCACAGGAGCCAUGCUGUGCCCUUGUGACGACCUUCACUUGUGUACAGUCAGUUACAUUAUUCACCAAACAGGUGGACUAUAUUUGAAUCAUAUUGAGUCCAUUGAAAUAUUUAUUUCUGUUUUGCCGUCUUUGUAUUUAUUUGAAAUGGAUUCCCAAUAAAUGAUCUGGAGGUAUUUAUAGCUUUGGAGUAUUUGUACUACUACGUAUGAGGUGUAGGUGACUGGUAUAGUUCACAUCCUGCAUUACUGCAUUGUAUACGUUUUAAAUGUAUCGCAACUAACCUCAAACGUGACCUACAUCCUCCACUUACCAGCAGCACCACCACCUGAGUCUAGACUUACCGUAACUCACCAGCGUCACCCGAGUACUAAAAAAGGCACUCGUUCACACACACAAUCGUACCGCUUACUCGCACUCAGGGUUAAAAAAAAAACAAACAAACAAAAAAAAACACACCAACUUGUGGAUUUUCAAUUUAAAAAUUUUUUUUUUUAAAAAAGCAAAAAAAAGGCCCAGGUAAUAAAAAAAAAAAACCCAAACAAACACGGAAAAAACCAGCAGCACCAAUGGAAAAAUCUGAAAAAAGUUGCAAUAUAACAACAAAAAUGUUAUGAGAAUCAUGUUGUAAUAUUAUGCAAAAAAGUAGCAGAACACUGAAAUAUUAAAAAUUAUUUUAGCCAUUGUGCGGUAAAGCAUGCUAUCCAUUUUUUUUGCCAUAAUAUUCUGAGAAACUAACAAAACAAAAUAAAGUUGUAAUUUCUGAACAAUUAUUUUAUUGAAAAAGUUCUAUUGUGGGAAUUAGGAGAAAAUUUACAAAAAGAAAGUUAAGAAAUUUUUUUUGGGGGGGGGCACGCAGGAAUGGAAAACAACUGUUAUUUUACAAAAUUAAAGCUAAAAUAUUAAUGGAAUUUUUUUUUCAAAUUUACAAGAAUAAACCCGUAACAUUAUGAAGUAAUGUAACAAUUUUAGAUUUUAAAUGUGUAAUUUAAAUAUUAAAGGAAAAAAAUGGUGGGAUUCUUUGAAAUCAGAAUAUUACGAAAAACAUACAAAACAAAAUAAAACUGUAUUUAUUUUUAUUUAUCAAGGUAAUAAAGUCAUAAUAUUAUGAAAAGAAGGCUUUUAAGAAGAAAGUUGAAACAGAACGAACCAGAAGCAAAGACCAAUUAUAUCAUAAAUAUGACAUGCAGUUUCUUUUUCUUCGUUUAAAAGCUGAAGCGAAACUCAAAUGCUUUCGAAACGGGGCCAAAAUCCAAAUUUAGAACGAAAACCGGAGCCGUUUGGAAGCUGAAGCUUGGCUGAAAUGCAGUGGAAAUAUGCUAAAACAUGCAAUGAAAGCACUCGACUCUCCAAUCAAACUGACAACUUCUGAGCCAGGAACCAAGCACUACUAGCUGAGCUAUACAACAAACACUGAAUUGAGAACUUUGCCUUUCCCUGCACCUAAUAUUAACAAUUACAAGUGCACCUGAAUGCCUCAUGGAGCAAGCAGAACCAAGCAGAAUGAAUCAUAUGAACAAAAAAGUAAGGUUGAUGAUAAUUUUGUACACUCAUUGGAGGAUAAGCGGCAUAGAAAAUAAAUGGUUGGCUGCGGAGUUGCUGCAAUGCUGCCAGAGGAGACCUCAGAGAGGCUGACGUCAUUGCAGUGAUUGGUAGAUUGUCCAGAAUGAGCUGAAGCAAAACUGACUGAAUGUUUUGUGCAAAAGGUGGACUGGUACACCAAUUUACCGUCUCGACGACAGUGUUCCGCGACCGGUACGAAAAUAAAACGUAUUGCAUCGAUAAUAUAGCGACAUCCUGUAUCCACUUUCGUGAGAUGCUGUUUUUUUGUCAGGAGUUUAAAUAAGAGGCAAAUUCCUGCCUCUGUCUCGUCAGAGCUCAUGCGGCUGAUUGCAGAAAGCCACCGGCCACAAACGCAAAUGUUGGCUUUCCGUCUCUUUAAAUGGACUGCGGGUGCAGCAUUUCCACGAACAGGCAUCACGCCGUGUGUUAGAUUCCCGUGUUGACUCACAGCUCUGCAAUGAAACUACUCACAGACAUUUCAUCACACACGCUAAUUUGGAGGACAUUGGAGGACAUUUACAAUUCGAAACGUGAGAAAAACAAACUUGCUUUCAUACCGGAAUCAUUAAAAAAAAAAAGAAACUUUCAUUGCAGGUGCGGUUGGGAAUCUGCUUGUUUCUGUUUUGUUUAUUGAUAAAGUUUCAAUGGGUCUUCCACAUUCUCCCGUAAGGGACCAGCAGAAGAGCAGCUGAACUGCUGAAUCCUGAUGAUGAGCCAUUGAGCAAUGUAUGAUUGUUCCAAACUAAAGCUGCUAAUGAAAUCCAAAUCUUAACACAGCCAUGAUGCAUGCAUAGCUUCCAAAAACAUAUUUCUUGCUACAAAAAUGUCAAGAACAAAGAAAACUAACAAUGGAAGUAAGACAGACUUAACACUUAAAAUGGAGCUUUUUCCUCCAGAGAAAUUGGGAGUGUAUGUUGUGAUAUGGUAUGACCGUGUGCUCAUGCGUAUGCUACGAACGGGUAGAAUUAGGCUAGUAUUGUUGUAAAAAAAAAAAAAAAAACAAUAAAACAAAUCCAUAAAAAAUAUCAAAAUAUAAUUUUUGUAAAAAAACAAAUCUACAAAAAAUGUCAAAAUUAUUUAGGGGGGCUUAAGAACAUUUUAGGGGGUCUAAAUAGGCCUAAUGAUGCCACUGGCAGUAUCAUGGUCUGGGGCUGCAUGAGUGCUAUCAGUACUGGGGAGCUAUGGUUCAUUGAGGGAAACGUGAAUUCCAACAGCCACCCAAUAGGCCCCACUGGGUGGCAGUAUCGUGGUCUGGGGCUGCAUGAGUGCUGUCAACACUGGGGAACUAUGGUUGAGGGAAACAUGAAUUCCAACAGACCCCCUAAUAUAGGCCCCACUGGGUGGCAGUAUCGUGGUCUGGGGCUGCAUGAGUGCUGUGAGCACUGGGGAGCUAUGGUUCAUGAAGGGAAACAUGAAUUCCAACACGGACUGUCAUUAGGCCUAUUUUAGGGGGGAUU